GCCGGUGACAGGAAAGAAACAGCUGAAGCAGGACAAGUACUUCAAGUAGCAAGAAGGAAGAAAACAGCAGAAUACAGUGUCAACUUUCACUUUGAUCAUUAGCAUUUAUUGAAGAAGAUGGCAGACAUCAAACGAGCUCCAUUAACUUCGGAGGCAGCCUGGAAAGAGCUGCAGAGUUAUUACGAUUCAAAGGGAUCCAAGUUAAACAUGCUGCAAAUGUUUAAAGAGGAUGCAUCUAGAUUUGACACGUUCAGCCAAAAGUUAGAGACAAAAGAUGGAGAUUUCCUUCUGGACUAUUCCAAGAACUUGGUGGACAGCACAACUAUGGGGCUUUUGUUUAAGCUGGCUAAAGAGAGGAAAGUGGAAGAAAUGAGGGCAGCAAUGUUUGCAGGUGAAAAGAUCAACUUCACAGAAAACAGAGCUGUUUUACAUGUGGCUCUUAGAAAUAAAUCCAACACCCCUACAAUGGUGGAUGGAAAGGAUGUCAUGCCUGAUGUGAAUGCAGUAUUAAAACACAUGAGGGAAUUCACUGAUUCCGUACAGAGUGGUGAUUGGAAAGGUUACACAGGGAAAGCCAUUACUGAUGUGGUCAAUAUCGGUAUAGGAGGAUCAGACCUGGGACCCCUCAUGGUGACAGAAGCAUUAAAGCCAUACAAGACAGGCCCAAAUGUUCAUUUUGUCUCCAAUAUAGAUGGCACACACAUGGCUGAAACCCUGAAAAAGCUGAAUCCUGAAACUACACUCUUCAUCAUUGCUUCCAAGACAUUCACGACACAAGAAACCAUCACCAAUGCCCAGUCUGCCAAAGCCUGGUUAUUGGAGGCAGCAAAACAGGACAGUGCCAUUGCCAAGCAUUUUGUUGCUCUAUCUACAAAUGCAACAAAAGUUAAAGAAUUUGGUAUCGAUGAAAAAAAUAUGUUUGGGUUUUGGGAUUGGGUAGGUGGCCGAUAUUCCCUCUGGUCAGCUAUUGGACUGUCCAUUGCACUCUACAUUGGAAUGGACAACUUUGAGGAUUUGCAGGCAGGGGGACAUUUCAUGGACAACCACUUUGUCAAUGCUCCAUUAGAAUCAAAUAUACCUGUGAUCCUAGCUCUGCUUGGAGUUUGGUACAACAAUUUCUUUGGAGCAGAAACUCAAACAUUGCUACCAUAUGAUCAAUAUAUGCACCGAUUUGCAGCCUACUUCCAGCAAGGAGAUAUGGAGAGUAAUGGGAAGUACAUCACAAGGAGUGGACAGAAAUGUAAUUAUAAAACAGGACCCAUCAUCUGGGGAGAGCCAGGAACUAAUGGACAGCAUGCAUUCUACCAGCUUAUCCAUCAAGGAACUAGGUUAAUUCCCUGUGACUUUUUAAUGCCAGUGAAAACCCAAAAUCCAAUUCAAAAUGGACUACAUCAUGAGAUUUUGACAGCAAACUUCCUGGCUCAGACUGAGGCUCUGAUGAAGGGGAAGACUGUAGAUGAAGCCAGAGAUGAACUCGUGAAGUCAGGAAUGUCACAGGCUGACAUUGAUCAUAUUCUUCCUCACAAGGUGUUUGAGGGUAACAGACCAAGCAACUCCAUUCUGUUCCAAAAGCUUACACCAUUCACACUAGGUCUUCUCAUAGCAAUGUAUGAACACAAGAUCUUUGUCCAGGGAACCAUCUGGGAUAUCAACUCAUAUGAUCAGUGGGGUGUUGAACUAGGAAAACAGCUAGCAAAAGUAAUUCAGCCAGAACUGAGAGGAAAAGAUACAGUUUCGAGUCAUGAUGGUUCUACAAAUGGACUUAUCAACUUCAUCAAGGCUCACAUGUGAUCUUCAGAUUUUAAAACAUUGAAACAAAGACAUAAUAUAGUUCUUUGAUUAGCAGUUUUAUGUACAAUUUGAUCUGAAGGUUGCUGCCAUAUGACAGAAGGUGACACAAAUAUACAGUGGGCUAUCAUUGGUGCUUAGCAUAGAGACACAGAAAGUAAUGAGUCAAAGAAUAACUUAAGUUUUAGUGUGUAUUUAAAAUAAUGAUUUAUCUUUUGUUGGAUUGUUAUCAUUUUUAAAUGGUUACUGAUAUUGAUUUGCAUUUGAAGGAUUUACUGCAAUGCAUAUACUUUUUCAUUUUACCGAUUAUUCCAUUUCAAUAUAUAUAUACAUUGUAUAUGUAUUUAUUAUUUAUACUAAAAUCAAUUUAAAGCUGUUGAAAAAAAAAAAACUGCUAUUUUUCUUU